AUGUUCGGGGAUGUGCUAGCAUUUGACGCCACAUAUAAGAAGAAUAGAUACAGAUUGCCGGUGGUAAUAUUCUCGGGAGUUAACCACCAUAAUCAAACCGUUGUAUUUGGUGCUGCGCUAGUUUCGAAUGAGAGGAAAAGCACGUAUGUUUGGUUACUAAAACAGCUUCUCAUAGCAAUGAAGGGAAAGACACCGACUUCAGUAAUUACGGAUGGUCAUCCAUCGAUGGCUCUAGCUAUUCAGGAAGUGUUUCCGAAUGCACAUCAUAGAUUAUGUGCAUGGCACUUGAUGCAUAAUGCAACAAGCAAUAUUCACAAACCUCAGUUUACGAAAAUGUUUACAAAGUUAAUGCUAGGUGAUUACGAAGUUGGUGUUUUCGAACAAAAGUGGGAGGAAAUGGUUGGAUUCUUUGGAGUGGAAGAUCGAGAAUGGAUAGUAGAUAUGUAUGGGAAAAGAAACAUGUGGGCUACCGCUCAUAUCCGAGGAAAAUUCUUUGUUGGGUUUAGAACGACUUCGAGGUGUGAAAGUCUACAUGCUGUCCUCAAAAGAUAUGUUAAAUCACGCCAUAAUUUGACAGAAUUUGUUCAACACUUCCAGCGUUGUUUGAGCUACAUGCGGCACAGAGAGGAUUUGGCAGACUUUAAAUCAUCAACUGGACAACCUGUGAUGCAGACACACUUUCAACAAUUAGAAAGGUCAGCAGCUACCAUUUAUACCCAGCAAAUUUUUAUGUUGUUUCGUUUAAUGCUCCACAAGGCCAGCACAUUGAAGGUAAUAUAUGAAAAGGAAACGAGUUCUUGCAAGAUUUAUCAGGUGUCAAAAUUUUACAAGCCUAACAUGAUAUGGCAUGUGUCUUUUCACGGAGAGCAAGAUGAAUUUAAAUGCUCAUGCAUGAGAAUGGACUCCAUAGGUAUUCCAUGUAGUCAUAUACUUGCUGUUUUGGGUUUUCUAGACAUUGCAGAGCUGCCAAAAUCAUUAGUGCUGCGAAGAUAG